GCGGCGGAGUCUCGUCCUCCUUUCUCGCCGCGCGCCCCCCUUUUUCUCGGCGCCUCCGUCUCCUCCCGUGCAACAGUGUGCAAUCCCUCUUUCCCCGGCAGACAGACAAAGAGGCAGAGCGACGGAGACGCACGGGAGGAGAAGAGGCAGCGUAGACAGCGAGCGGCACACGCAUAAAGAGGCACAGAGGAAUUGAUGGGAUGACAGACGGCUGGUGGCGAGGGACGCACUGAGAGAGCGAGCGAGAGAGAGAGGGAGAGGGAGAGAGAGAGAGAGAGAGAGAGAGAGAGAGAGAGGGAGAGAGGGAGAGAGAGAGAGAGAGAGAGAGGGAGAGAGAGAGAGAGAGAGAGAGGGUGUGUGAGGAAAACAGAGCGACGGGAGGAUGUAAAAUAGGCAGCUUCAGUGACAGCACAGACAAAGGUAGAUCCAGAGUGCGUGUGCACGCGCUAUUUCAUUUACACACUCUCUCUCUCACACAAACACACAUCUUCUCUCUCUCUUCACUCACUCACACAGACACACACACACACACACACACACACUCCACCUCGAGCAGAAGCAGCCGAGCUGUGUGGGUGUGAGGCAGCAUGAGAAGUGAUAUCUGUACCUCCACUCAAACAGCAGGCUGAUGGACUAACUUCAUUGCACACACGCACGCACCCACACCUGCCGUACGCACACUCUCCGGACCAUCUUUACCUCUCACUCACACACACACUCACACACACACAGCCCGUCUGCAGCCAGGAGUCAACAUGGGUCUCGUGAUGGGAACCUUUUCCUUGCAGUCCAAGCAGGUGAACUACCACAAAGAUAAAGCAGACGAUGACCUGGAGAUGACCAUGGUCUGCCAUCGGCCAGAGGGCCUCGACCAGCUGGAAGCUCAGACCAACUUCAGCAAACGAGAGCUACAGGUCCUCUACAGGGGCUUCAAGAACGAGUGUCCCAGCGGCGUAGUGAACGAGGACACCUUCAAGCAAAUAUACUCCCAGUUCUUCCCUCAUGGAGAUGCCAGCACCUACGCUCACUAUCUGUUCAACGCAUUCGACUCAGCACAUACAGGAUCCAUCAAAUUUGAGGACUUCGUAACGGCUCUGUCCAUCCUGCUGAGAGGCUCGGUCCAAGAGAAGCUGCAGUGGACGUUUAACCUCUACGACAUCAACAGAGACGGCUACAUCAACAAAGAGGAGAUGACAGACAUCGUCAGAGCCAUUUACGACAUGAUGGGGAAGUACACCUACCCCGUGCUGAAAACGGACGCGCCCAAGCAGCACGUAGACGCCUUCUUUCAGAAAAUGGACAAGAACAGGGACGGGGUGGUCACUCUCGAUGAAUUCAUCCUGUCUUGUCAAGAGGAUGAGAACAUCAUGCGGUCCCUGCAGCUCUUCGAGAAUGUCAUCUAGCGUGGAGGACGACAGCACAGAGUGGAGGAGAGAGAGAGGGAGAGGGAGAGGGAGAGGGAGCAUGCAGGAGGAACGCAAAAAAAACUUCACACAACGUGUUUAGCUGUAAAGAAAAUCCAUGACAACAACAACCCAUCGCAGGAUUUGGGAAACUUCAACAAACCCUUCACUCGACCUCUGUGUGAACAUUGACCUUGUCUGCGUUGUCUUCGUCUCUUGCUGGCGUUAUAAUCGCUGAGUGUGUCCUUCGUGUCAUUGUGUAAAUACUGAUGCUGUUUCUGACAUAUGUGCAUUGAAACAGACGAUCAAGCAGGACUGGAAACCGUACAUGUAGCUUAGCCGUCAGAUCAAACGCUGUACACGCAUCUAUUGAGCAGACCCCACAUUUCCCGCAUUGUUUUUUUUGUAUCAGUUCAGCAAAACAUGAGCAAUAUUGUGAAGCAUGUGAUUCAGAGGCUUCGAUUUAACAUGCGUCUGUCAUAACAUGGCGGAACAUCACUCAGUGUUAUGUUGCUAAACCUGGAGCGUCGUGUGCGUAGCGUCGCAUCUGUUUCAAGGCCUGUAAAGGUCAGGGCUGACGGUGACCCCGUUUCACCCCCGCUGUGCGUUCCCGUGACGUCGCCCAGUUAAUCCGUGUCGUGACAAACCUGACUGUAAAUAUCGACCUCUGGCGUUUGUGGCUCGGCCUCAUCGGCGUCUGUCUGUCAGUGUGUUUCUGACUCCGUCUGUGGGCCCGGUUCUGCCGCGCCCGCUCACCGGGAACGCCGAGUCGGCGGGUGUGCGCGUGUCCCGACGUGACCUUUCCUCGUCCCAACACUGAAGGGUCACGUGAUCCGUGCGCGUGGCCUCGAGUCCUCUAAAAAACGCGUCGACCGAGCUGUCACUGUGAGGGAAGGAGACGGAGGCGAGGGCCAAGACCUUCUCACUGAUACCGAAGGAACGGAAGCCAUGUUUCAAACCGGAGCCAUCGUUCGGAAGAUUGAGCGGGACGAAAAAUACGGAUUUGUUAAUGAUUUGCUGUCAUGCCCACUCACUGUGCUGCCAAUAGUGUAAUAAAUACGCUUGCCGAGAUGUGUUGCAGCUCAUCUCAACUGUAUCCAGAACACAAGUCCAGACAGACAGACAGACAGACAGACAGACAGACAGACAGACAGACAGACAGACAGACAGACAGGCAGCUUCAAACUGCCCGAAUGAAACGGUGUGUCUGCUGAAAUACUGAAUAAAAUCAUUAUAUUUAUCAAUAAACUUUUCAAGAAACUAAGAGCAGCUGCUGCUUUUGUCGCGUACACUGUGGCGGUGCAUCAUGAAGUCAUGAGCAAGAGGAGUCACAAGAACUUUUUAUACUGUUAUUUACACAUAUACAAUCAAAGUACAAAAAGGUUGUACAUCGAAAGGACGCAGCCCACAAAUAAAGCAUGAUACUGUGCAUAUGAAAAAAUGUCACCACCAUCACGGAACAUGCAUCACUCCCUUUAUUACCCCACUCACGGCCUCCUUCAUAUUUUCCGCACUUCUCUCGCCACUAAUUCUGACAUUUAUUUCCCUUUUAUUACUGCUCACAAUAGCAUUUCCCCCCAAAUGUGAGGUUUUGGGCGUCAUUACUGGGGUAGGACGGCUCACCACGCCUGGGUAUGUGCAGGUGAAUGUGGUGCUGCAUUGGAGCUGGGUUGGAUAUAUUUAUAAAUGAGGUUGGAAGAAGCUUAAAGCACCAGAACUAUUUAACAGAAACACUGAAUUGUGUUUUAGCUGUGAUGUGUGUUUUUUGUGUAUUUUUAAUAAAACAAAGCAGGAGAUUUUUUUUCA